GGAUCUAGGUGAAGGGGUGUGCACAUGGGCGGGGCUUGGGGUGGGUGGGCCCCUGGCCCCGCCCGGAGGAAGAGAGACCCCACCCGAGCCUCCCCGAGCUCGCUCGGGGCUCGGGUUGACACGGCCCACUCCAGCGACCGUUUCCCCGGGUCCGGCACGCCCCCCAGAGAUCGACGGGGAGGCAGUCCAAUGACAAGGCGAGGGCUGGACAGGGUGGCAAAUCAGGCCGCAGCGGAGGCGGAGCCAGCGGAGGGAGGUGGGGACCAGGAAGCAGGCGCCGGGAGGUGAAGGGGAGGAGAAGGGAGGACUUUGGCUCCUGCGGAGGCGAAGAGGGAACACAGCAGUGGAGCAUGUGGAACCCCAAUGCAGGACAGCCAGGGGUUUACCCUCCUGGGGGUCCGAUGCCCCCUUCGACUUCUGGGUACCCUGGGGUUACCAACCCCAUCAACCCACCAUCAGUCAAUCCUGCAUACCCUCCAGGCACCUAUCCUGCCCCCCCUGGGUGUUUGCCAGAGAAUCCAGCUUACCCUCCUGGUAAUGCUCUUGGCCCUGGGCCGCAGCCAGGAUACCCAGGCUGCCCACCCCCAGGUCCCUGCCCACCUCCAGGUCACUGCCCACCUCCAGGUUACUACCCACCUCCUGGCCCUUGUGUGCCUCCUGGGGUAGUGGGGCCAGGUAUGAUGAUGGAUAAGAAGAUGAGGAAGAAGAUGAAGAAGGCGCAUAAGAAAAUGCAUAAACAUCACAAACAUGGCAAGCAUUCUUCUUCCUCCUCCUCUUCCAGCAGUGACUCUGACUGAAUCCUGGGCCCUCCUCCCCCCAAGUCACACCACCCCAGUUCUCCCAUCAAGCCUUGGACUCAGCCUCAGCCCAACCUCAUUCACCUCCUUGCCCAAACUGGCUGGUGAUGGCGAGGAAAGGAUCUCUAUUGGCCUGAGGGGGGAGGGGCACUCCUUUCUGAAGAUGUAUGUCCUUUGAGCCAAAUGCUGAAGAACAUUUUAGGAUCUGGAAAAAUGUGAUUUUAAAAAAUUUAUUUUAUAAUUUGUGCGGGAGAAGGGGAAGAAGGGAUGUGUGGUAUUACCAUGGAAGUUGAUCUGGGUAUGGUAGUCUUAGGAUCAUGGGAUGUGGGAACUACAUUUCCCAGCAGACUGUGUAGUCUACUCAGCCCAUUGCCUUCUGGGAAAGAGAGUUCUUUUGAAUAGGAUGAUGGGGGUGCCAUUUUGGAACCUCAUUUCUUGGUGAGCUCUUUUCAUCCCAAUCAUUCUUGGGUCUUACCCUGUUUCUCUCACUGUGCUUCCCAAUAAAGCUGUUUAUCCCAGUCUCUA